UCCUUUUUUGUAUUAUUAUUCAAAGAAUUAAAUCUCCCAUACACUACAGAGCUACAGUGUGUUUUCGUCGCCAAUUCUCACUUCUCUCUCCAUUCGGCUGCAAUCUCCUUCUCUCCUUACCCAUUUUUUCCGCAUUCCUGUCUGUCUCCACUCUACUUCCAAAUCAAGUUCUUUUACUCAGGAAUGGCCACACAAAGUGAGAAUUGGCCACCAGCUCGGAGUGCUGAAAAUAUUGGAAAUGCUUUUGCUGAGCAGUAUUACCAAUUUCUACUUCAUUCACCUGAGCAGGUUUACCGAUUUUACGGAGAUACAAGUAUUUUGAGUCGACCGGAUCUUAAUGGUCGCAUGAGAACUGUGACAACCAAGAACCGCAUAAAUGACGAGAUAUGUAACUUGGACUACAAGAACUACAAGGCAGAGAUUAAAUCUGCUGAUUCUCAGAAUUCUUUUAAGAAGGGUGUCAUGGUCCUUGUGACUGGCUGCUUGAUUGGAAAGGACGACAUGGAAAGGAAGUUUGUGCAAACAUUUUUCCUUGCUCCUCAAGAAACAGGAUACUAUGUUUUAAACGAUGUUCUCAGGUAUGUGGAGGAGAUUACAUCAGAUGGUCUAUCAGAGGUGGCUACUGUAACUGACGACACCCCAUCAAGUGCUUUGACACAAGAUCCAGAACCUGCACAGGUGAUUGAUCCCCCCAAAGAAGAAAAUAUAACUUAUGCAGCGGGAAUUAAGAUUGCUGAGGAGAAAGAGAAUGACCAAGUGAUUGAAGAGAGAGCAGCUAGUCACCCUAGAGAAAUUGUGGUGGCAGCUGAAUCCCUAGAGGAUUCUCCAAAUAGGUCAUAUGCUUCAAUAGCUACUGCACAAACAAAGAAGGGACCUACCAAAGUUUAUGUUCCUCCUACAGCAAGAGUAGCUUCUACAAAAACUGAAAAGCAAUCAGUUAUUCCUGUUGCUGAGGCUUCAGUUUCUGAAGCAUGUGCAACUGUUAAUGCCCCAGAAAUCGAUUAUGCACAGGAUGAAGUUGAAGGUCAUUCUAUAUAUAUCCGGGAUUUGCCUCUAGAUGUAACUGUUGCUCAGCUUGAAGCUGAAUUUGCAAAAUUUGGACCUAUUAAGCAGAAUGGGGUCCAUGUCUGCAGUAAAGAGCUACAAGGAUUCUGUUUUGGCUUUAUUGAUUUUCAAGAGUUCAGCUCCGUGCAAAGUGCAAUCAAGGCUUCUCCUAUAACCAUCGGGUACCUUAAAGCUACUGUGGAGAUAAGUAGAACCACAGCUCGAGUUGGCAGCGGAAGGGGCCGUUUUAGCUCUCCAAGGGGAGGGUUUCGUAAUGAAAACUUUAGGGGUCGUGGAAACUUCAGUGGUGGCCGGACCUAUAUGAGGAGUGGCAGUAUCAGGGGUCGAGGAAAUUUCAGCAGUGGGUGGGGUGGAGAAGGCUAUCACCAACAGGGAAGAGGACGGGGCAGCCCUCGUCCCAAUCCAAACCAGAUGUAACUUCGACAUAGAUUGAAUGUGUGAUGUAUGUGGUGGCAAUUUUGAUAGAUUCUGUUACCUGAAUCACAUGUUGGUAGUCGUUUGACUCAUGCAUGUUAAUCAUAGUCAAUUUUCUUCCUUGAUUUGGUUGACUUCUAGUACAGUAAUUAGUCAGUCAAUUCUUUCUAACUGAUUUUUGUGUAGAAACGAAUUCUGAUAUCACGACGUAUUUCUGCGAAUCUAUGACAUCUUUACAUCGUUCUGUUUCCUA